UGUCUCUUUAAAAAGGGGCAGUCCUCAGUGAACUCUACUGUCAGAGGAAGUGGGAAGUUAUCUUUCCAUUUGCGCGAGGAGCAGCUGACUCGGAACACCGACUGUGGGGGGAAAAAAACAUUCCAGUUGGCAGAGAUUCACUCCCCACUUUAAUUCAGUUUGGGACACUUCACAGCUGCGUAUCACUUCACCCUAUAAAGGCACGGACAGAGGAGGGAGCCGAGGAGGAUGUGAUGGCAACUGGCGAGCUGAACCCAAAUCACUACCCUGCCAGGAGGGCAGCUCAGGUGGUCCAACACUACCUCAACACCCGGUACGGUUCACCAUUCAGGCUGAUCGGAGUGCAGACGGUCCACAGUGGGAACGCAGAGGAUGUGGCAGACUCCGGAAGAAAGUAUCAGCUGGAGCUCUCGGUGAAUGAUAUAACCAAUACUACACAGACUUGCUCUGCAGAGCUUUUCUUUCCAAAAGGAAAAGGGCAACAGCCACCUGAAGUCAAAGCAUUGUGUGAGGAGCUAGUUAAAAUUGACAUUAAAGCUCAAGAAGAGGCUCUAUACCAAAAAUACAAGACCAACCAAACCCUGAUGUCUGCACAGUACUUACCAGACAGCCACGGUCACAUCGAGCCCGACAUGAAGCCUUUUUGGCAUCUGGGCAUUCUGGCCUCCAGCUUCAUCAUGCUGAAUGAAUCCACUGAAAACACUCUGUACAACGUGGCUCAGGUGGCCAACAUCACUCAGCUGACAACUGAGGAGGACCACCUGGAGUUUGACUGUCACACACUGCUGCAUGAAAUGGUGUCCCAGGAAAUCAUUCACUGGAAGAUGCUGUUUACCUGGUCUCCUGCAGAGGGGGUUAAAGUGGUGCAGAUGAAGCGGCUGCCUCACCGCCAUGAAAGGGAAAAAUCUCCAAAGACUAACUAAUCUGUGGGUGUUCAUCACACAGCCAAGACCACUUAUUUGUCCUCACAUUUUGUGGGGUCAAAUAUUGGCGCAUAAAUGGGUUUUUUGUUGUUGUUGUUUUUUCAUGAUGACGCUACAAGCACUAGGCACAGAUCUACUGCUGAAACCUAGAAUUUACACUCUUAAAUGCUUUAACUCAUAAGUAUAUGAUAUACUGAAAUUGUUUUAAAUGUCUGUGUUUGGUCUAUUUUAGCUUAAAUAAACUGUUUACAAUGACAAAGUAUUUUGUGCGUGCUUGUAUGUGCG